GGUAUCGAUCAUAAUCUGACUUCAACAUUGCCUUUAUAAAUGAGAGCGGUCGCUAAAACGGGAACACAAAAUUGCUAACUACGUUUAGGUUCAGGCGUGAGAUGAGUUCGGCAUUAUAAGGAGUAGCACGCCAGAAUUGUAUGAUGUAUGAAUCACAGCACCUGUAGUCGUUGCCAAACGUCAUGAAUUCUUACAUAAUUCUGUGCAUAACUCGUGAUAUUACGACAAAAUGAAAAGGUAGAGUGAUUCGCCUGGUUUCUUCCAUUGACAGGAACAGUCAAAUUUCCGAAGUGUCCCUCAGCACAAACUUAUGGGAAAAUGGCUCAUCUACGAUUUAUUUAAGAGUGCACCAAAGAGCUGAAAGCAAUUAGAUAAGGCGCCGAGUAUGAACGCCUCUUCAACUGCUGUGAAUUCAUCAAUGUCUGCAAACGGUUAGGCGUUUGGUGUUCGACGUUUAUGGCUCCUACUGCUUUAGCUACAUCUCUCCAACCUCAAGCAAAUUUACGUAGAAAAAAAGUGAAUUAUGAGAAGUUCCAGAAAAUGGCGGCUGCUGCAAGCUUCCACAGUGCAGGCUCCAUUCUCGUACCCAUCAAGUAUUAAACUCACCUUCGCCAUCUUAUACACUGCAAUCAUUUCAGUGGCCUUGGUUGGAAACAUUUUGGUGAUCUAUAUACUAUACAAGAGGCCAGAAACCAGAAGAUUAACAAGUUUCAUGUACGUCAACCUCGCUGUGGCCGACCUGCUCGUAACAGUUGUUGUCAUGCCUCAGUCGAUGGAACUAAUCAUUUUGGACAAUCUGUGGAUCGAUGGAACAUUUGGUGAAUUCUUUGCCAAGCUCAUCAUGUUUGUUUUUUACGUGGCGGUCACAGCGUCCGUCUUCUCUCUAACAGCCGUGGCUUUUGACUUCUUCUUCGGGAUUGUCUUUCCCAUGCAAAAGUUCCCUCGCUUUAGGAACAAAAAGAUCUUGGUUCCCACAAUUUGGAUCAUCUCAAUGUGUCUAAUGGCCCCAUGGCUGGUCAUAAUCAAAGUUAAGAACUCCAGGAUAGAAUUUAAGUUUAGUCAGUUUGGCGAGACUCAAGCGGCCUUAAGAGGUGUGUUCCUUUACCUCGUAGUCACCAUCUACUUACUGCCUGUAGUUACCAUUUGUGUCCUCUAUGGGUAUGUUUGUUACACGCUACAGAAGCAUAAACUACCGGGAGUUGAAAUCAAAAAUCGCGCAAGAAAUCGCACCAACGCUACCAAGCGCAAGGCGAUAAACAUGUCAAUCGCUGUCGUUGUUGCUUUUGCUCUUUGCUGGCUUCCAGCGCACGCGCAUCAUAUGAUUCUGGCCAUAGACUUCAAACUGAGUCUAUCCCUGCCAUAUUAUUUCAUGCUGUUAUGCUAUUGGCUUGGACAUGCAAACAGCGUUGUCAACCCCUGGCUCCUGAUAUACUUUAGGAAGAAAUUUAGAGCCGAGUUUCGGAGAAUGAUAUCUUACCCAUUAAUGAGAAUCUCAUUCUUGAGUAAAACAAAUGGGAGCGUAGGGAGUGAGGCCAAACAGCCAAUACUGGAUCAAACUGUCCAGUCUACUGUUGUAUACCAGUUUACAAGUGCUGUGUAGAGAUAAUUUUGCAGUAAACAGUAUUCAUUCUAAUUAUUGCAUAAACACAGUUAAAAGGAAUCUUAACUUAUUAUUUUGUUUAGCAUCAUUUAUCACAAUGGCUUUUACCAUGAUUGUUGUCAUUAUACCUAUGAUAACGUACUUUAAGACAUCCGUCAGCUAGAAACCCAACCAAACCACGAACCUGUAGCACUGAAGGAUUAUUGUUGCAACUAUUACCAUUAGUUGUUAUUGCAGCAUUGAGAUUUUAAUUUUUUUCAUCAUCAUUAUCCUUACUAACAUUAUGAUUUAUUUAUUUCAAAAGUAGAUGUGUUUUGCUAAAUUCCAAAUGCAACGAAGUAGUUCCUUUUUUUUGGGGCAGCUUUUGGAAGACGAAAUCUGAAAAAUACCACUCCCUUCUGAGUCCACGUCCUUCCAAGUAUCAACAAUUGUAUAUAAUGUUCUUACUACAGCUGAAGUCCAUGAAAUAAUACACGAACAAAAUGACCACUAGUGGCAUUGCGAUAGUAGUGUUCACCAGUACAAUUGUACAAAGACUGUCGAGGAAAAAGCGUAAGAAGAAAAAGCGUAGCAGGAAAGGUCGUUGUUCAAAAUCUAUCACCAAAUUUGUUCCGUGAAUUUGUUUAGAUACAAGGUGAAAAAGAUCGACAAAAAGUGACAACAUUACGGUACCUUCCAAACCACUUUCAAAAACUAGAAUACCAGAGACAAACAAGUUGCAGAUAUUAAAAACCUUCAAGUUCGUUUCAGAUUAUAGAAAUAGUGCAAGUUACGGAUGCAAUUCCCGAAAGAAAAAAAGGUUUCUUUCCAAUACAUUUUCAGUAACUGGAGUAAGAACAACUAAAUCUAAAUUGAUCUCAUUCUGCCAUGUCUCCAAAGUAACCAUAUAUGACCUUACCAAUUUAAUAAUACUUGUUGUGGUUGCUUUCACCAAAUAUAAUAAUUCGUGUACUCUUCCCUGGUUGAAUAAGAUUAAUAAAUAAGGAAACCCAAGGAGGAAAU